CACGGAGAUAAAUAGAUGUAUGUACUGCUUCGUAUUACAGACCUAUUUAUAAAUACCCCAAGUCCAUUGUCCCCAUUCCCAGAUAGCUUUUUUUUAUACACCCACAGUUUUAUUAAAAAUAGUCGUCGGUGUCCCUUUCCCGAAAUAUUCAACCACUCACCACCCUCAUUGUAUUUGAAUACAUACCAUUUGUUUUCAGUAACGCGACAAGAACAUUUUCUGUUUAUCCACGCAAUAUCGUUCCACUUAGAAAAUGGCGUUUCACUACGGUAGCUUCGGUAAGGGUGCUGGCCCCAGUGCUCUGGACGCGUGUAUGGGAAUAGAGAAGAAGGUGCCGCAUAUCAUCUUCCCUGGUGGCGAAACAUCGACUGAUAAGCCUGCAACUCCCCGAGCUCCUGUGCGUGGUGCCAGUGCACCUGCUAAGAAUAGUGGCUUCUUUGCCUUCCUCGUGAACCGACCAAAUCGAAUGCCUGAAAUGCAGCAACUCUUUCUGAAGGAUAUGGGAGCGAAGGCUGUCCACCGCAUGGGACCCCGCGACAGACAGAUCAACUUGCUGUGUGGAUUCUUGUCCGUCGUGGGAACGGUGGCUGUUGUAUAUCAGAUGGGUAGUAUGUCUCUUGGCAUCAACAAGAAGGGUAAAUAAAUUAUGUGUACACACGUAUGCAUACAUCCAUACACAAUUUCAAACUAAAAUGUAUACAUUGACUCG